UUGCUUCAAUCACUUUUAUUUAUGUAACAGUUUAUCAAUUAGUAGCAUAUGAUUAGAUGAUUCAGGAAAAAAACAUCGGAACUUUAGCAGAUGAGGCUCGCAAAAGAAAACAAAAACUGUUUGAAUUAAAGAAGAAAAAGCAAGAGAAUAAUGAGAAUUCAGAAAAUUUAAUAAAACACAAAAAGCCAAUAUUUCGAAACUAUGCUCCAACUGAUACAGAAUUACAAUCUUCUAUGCUUCCCAAAGUCAAACCCUCUGCUCUUGAUGAAAAAAUUGAAGAACAAAUUUCUCUUACAACUCAACCUGAAGAAAAAUUAACUAAUAAAAUUGAAAUGAAUUUAUCAACUUUGGCUCCUAGGAAAAUUGAUUGGGAUCUUAAGAGAGAUAUAUCCAAAAAAUUGGAGAAGCUGGAACGAAAAACCCAACAGGCUAUAUCCGAACUUAUUAGAGAACAAAUAAUGCAAACCAAGGAUCUCUCCUCUAUGCCCGAUAUGGAUACUACGUGAGACAUAAUGAAGGACCAAAUUUUUUUUUAGAUAAACAUUUUUAUCUAUUUUAUUUGAAAGCAACACUUUAUAUUAUAAUGUAAAAAAAAAUAAUAAUUUUGAAAUGUCCUAUUUUAAUGAUAAUUAUUAUUUAAUUAAAAUGCAUAACAGAUACAA